AUGCCACUACGGCAGCCCGAGGGAUCUGCCACGAGGGAAAACAAGAUCAAUGGGCGUUCCAGACCGAGCACCGGGAACGGAGGCCUGCUGGCAUUGGAGCACCCAGCUGCGCCAACCCCGUUGCAUCUCCUCCCUGUCUCUGCCCUGGUGUUGUUGCGUAGCACGAAAAGAGGGGACCGCCGCCUCUUGAACCCUCCGUGCAGGCAGCUGGCAGAGAAGUAG